GGCGGGGUUAAGGGACUGCUGGGGCGGUCGCGGGUAGGCGUGGCUUCCCCGUGACGUCAGAGCGCGCCAAGCGCGCGGGGCAGGCGGCGGCGAUGGAGGCCGGGCCGUGGGGCGUGUGCGAGGAGACGGCGAUCCUGCAGGGCGCGUUCCUGCUGGCCGCCCGGCUGGCGCAGCCGCGGCCGCUGCGGGAGCUGCGCAAGGACGAGUGGGAGCGCGUGGGACCCCCCAUCACCGACGCCCUCGGCGAGAUCGGAGCCCAAUGCCCCUCGCCGCGCCGGCACUGCCGCUGGAAGAAGGAGGCCGUGGCCCUCGUGUGGGCCAAGGUCCUGCUGCCGGGCCCCUCCGCCGCCUCGCUGGACCAGGAGUGGAAGGAGGAUGGGUUCUUCUCCGUGGGCAGGAUGAUCCCCGACCUCAGCCACACCGUCCUCUUCGAGCUGGUCAAGGCUCUGGGCGCGCCCCGGCUCCUGGUGGAGAUGCUGCUGGCGCUGCCCCACCAGGUGCGGCACGGCCAGCUGGAGCGCUUGGUGCGGUACGUCGCCCACCAGACAUCUCCGUCAGACACCGUGUUCUUCUUGGACGUGUGGUGGGAGGUGAUGAAACACAAGGAGGGACAGGAGGAUGAAACGGUCUCUGCGUUCGGUGCCCUCAUCCGUCAGCACGGCUGCGAGACCCCUCCAGAUGACGGUCUCCAGGCCCCAAAGAGGUUCAAGGGUGACCCUGGCUCUCCGAGCGGCCCUCCCGCUGCCACCAGCCUGCUCGUGGUCUUGAUGGAGGGGCUAAAGCAAAUCUACGGAAACAUCACCCUGCCCCGCAUGAAGUGCUACGCCUUGGCCAACCUGGUGGAGCUGCUGGUUGUGUUCAGCGAGCUGGAGCCAGCGGGCAGCCCGCUCCCUGCAGCAGAGUACCUGGACAAGAUCAGCUCUGUGGUCGGGCUCUGGAGCAGAGACACUGAGAGCGGGUACCGGCACUGCAGGCUGGACGAGAAGGUGAAGGAAGCAGAGAGAAGCAUGAGCCUCUCGUCCUUUGCCAAGCUGUCUCGUGAGGAGCUCUUUGUUGGCUUGGACUUGCUGCGCAGCUUAUUGCGUGCCUGGGGAGAGGAGCUGGAGGACACCCUGAGCAGCUCUGAGGAGCUCUGCUAUGAGAGCUACCGGCUCCUGGACACGCUCAGUGCCUUUGGGAAGAGGCUCACUUGCUUCUCAGAGAUGGGAGACCUGGGUGAGGAUGAGACACGUGUAGUGUUAGAGCUGACACAGAUGACCGAGGACUUUCUGAAAGAGAUCUGCACCACCCUGAAGAGCAAAGAUUUGGACACCAGCCUUGUGUCUUCGGUUGCCAUGACAGUCAUUGAGCAAAAGCUGGGCCGGCACAAGGAGAUGUGCUCCAUUUUUGCUUCUGAAAAGACCUGGGCCUUUUCGAAGGAGUGGGUUGACUGCCUUGUGGAAAACAAAGCUCUCUUUCAGGAACCAGAGCUAGUUUUGAAAUUGUUGGAGACACUGAUGAACUUUGCCAUGUCCCGUCAAGAUGAAGAGGCUCGAGAGCUGCAGAUGCAAGUGACCCAAGCCAUCGUGGAGUGUUACACUGAGCUUUCGUUGCCUGACAAAAACAAUGUGCUCUCAGGUGUCCUGGCGUCCUGGGGUGGGGCAGGUCUGUGCCUGCACUUGCAGGUUGUCAUGGAGGGCUUCCAGGAGGAUCUGAAUGUGACUUUCAACCAGAUCACAAAGAGUGUGUCUGAUCAAGGCCUGAGCAAGGCUGUGGCUUCUGUGGCCAGGCUCGCGCUGCUGUACCCCGAGGCCACAGUGAAGCAGGUUUGUAAUCUUGCUGUUAUCAACCUAGGAGCGCACCAGUUCCUCGGGCAAAUCCUUUGCUCCUUCCCAGCGCUGAGCUUCCAGGAGACCCAUGAUGAUCCAGGCAAGCCACGCAGCUUGGUGGUGAGGUGUCUGGAGGAGGCAGUGUUGGGGAGGCUUUCCACUGUGAGGGAAGAGGAGCAGUUCCUUGAGUUCCUGGCCUUUCUCAUGCAACCAAGCUCAGCCACCCCGCUUGUGUCACCUGCAGAGGUGACCAGAGCUUUUGUCCUUCCCUAUUUGAAGUCAGACUCUGCUCAAGUUGAACUGAGCCUGCAGAUCCUCAGUAAGGCUUUGAGGAUCCAGUCCUGUUCAGAAGAGCACUGGAUCAAGUCUUGUCACCCAUUCCCACUUGUCCUCAGCCUCUGCAAGCUUCUAGAUGGCUACACAAAGUACUGGCAUCAACCUGGGGACCAGUUCUUCCCUUCGUUGGAGACCAAAGACCUGGUGCUGGACAUCCUCUGCCAGCUCUGUGAGGUGGUAAGACCAGAAGCCGCCCCCUCCCCUGAGCUGUGGGUCCAGUCGCUGGCUUGGCUUCACAGGAAGGUGGCCUCACUGGACUGGACCAUUGGUCUCCGCCUGAAGAAACUUUACGGAGACCACUUCAAGAACGAGGUCCCAGCAACACUGUUUGAGGUCUGCGCACUUCCUGAGGAUGAGUGGACGUGCCAGCCUUUGCCACAGUAUGGACCGGGCAGCGGGCUCCUGGCAUGGAUGGAGUGCUGCUGUGUGUCCACAGAGCUCAGGGAGACGAUGCUGACGCUCCUCACAGUCAACGUGGACAACCCUGAAGAAGUGAAUCUCUUCAGCAAAGGGUUCCUGGUGGCCCUCAUUCAGGUCUUGCCUUGGUGCAGCCACAGCGAGUGGAAGAGGCUCAUACACGUGGUGGAAGACCUGCUUCAGAGGCAAGUCUUGCAUGUGCCAUACACGCUGGAGUACGUGCAAUACAUGCCCCUGCUCAACCUUCGGCCCUUUGCUUGCUACCUCCAGUUCUCCGUGCUUUUCCUGCGGGGCUUCCAGCUCCUCUGCAGCUCCAGCUGUUCCACCUGGCUGCCAGCAGAAGCUUGGCUCCAUGUGGUCCAGCUCUACUGCAGCAGCCUCACAGACCUGCUGGGUUCGGUGAAGAGCGCCGCGAGGCUCCGCUCCAAACCCGCCAAGGACACGACGUGCACGGAGGAGGUGUCCUUCAUCUGCAUCCAAAUGUUCUGCCACUUGCUCCACGUCGCUGCCAUGCUACCGGACGAGGGGUAUGGCGAACCGCUGGUGGUGGUGGCCUUGGAGAUCCUCUCGCAGUACGAGACUUUCAGCAGCGCCGAUACGUCCCCCAGCAACACGCUGCGGAGAGCCAACGAGAAGCACUUCCUUGAGUCCAUCACUGAGAACGUCAGUGCCGAGGCGCUGCGCAGCACCCUCCUGCAGAAGCUCAGCAAGCUGGGAGCCCGCUCAGAAGCUUGAGAAGCUGGAGAGGGUAACGGAGGAGAGCACGGACCCUGCCUCAGGGAGCCCCUUGUGUGGAAAGGUGUAAGAUCUGUAAUAAACCCUAUCUGCUUUUCUCUUUUGAACUUACUUCUCCACUGCUGUUUUCUUCCAACCUAAGCUGUGUAAAGAUGGGUAGGAGCAGUCACUCCAGUGUUCCAGCAGGAAGAGCUGUGGGUGCAGCCGAUCCGGAGCGCAGCGGCAGGUCCUGUAGCUCCAACCUUGCCUGCUGGCAUCUGGAUUUGUGGAGAGACCCUCCGGCAUCGGGGAAAUCUGUUCCCUCUGGCUCCCCAGCCGCCAGCCCUCUCCUCAUCCUGGGCGGAUUGUGGGGUUUGCCGUGUGCUGCCGCAGGUCGGGAAGCGAGUUGGGUGAGUUCAGGACAGGCAGGUACACGCACUCGCUGCCACUGCCCGGAGGUGGGGUGCAGCGGUAACCCCGUGUGCUAACACCCCACACCCAAGAAUCAAUGGCACGAGGGAGAGACGUCCAGUGCUGGGACUCACAAAGGAAAGCUUUAUUGGUCUCCCGAUAGGUGUAAUAUGAAACAGGGCAGUGUUAGUGCAAACUGAGGUGCCUCGCUGGCUGGUUUGGUUUUUUUUUUGGUCCUUACGUAAGGCACAUUAUUUGCCAUGAAAACAGUGAGAUACAAACAUCUGUAACAGGUAGCAAGCAGUUUAUAACAAACAUCAGCUGGUCUCGACCAUG